CUGCCAUCAGCCCCACAGAGGACGGAGGCAGGGGGGUGGGAGAGACAGGAGGGACAGUCUGGGAUAUCUGCGGAAUAUGUGUCUCCUUUACACCUCCCCAGCCUGAGGGCAUCCUGGACACAGCAGAAGAUGUCAGAUGCGGACAGAGGACUGGAUUGCAGGAUCUUGCAGCUGGCCAGCAGAGGGGAGUGGAUCACACUAGAGCAGACUCUGAAGGGGAUCGACAGAGGGGAUCUGGGAGUCUCUGAAACUGACCCGGAAUCUGGUUUAAAUCCAUUUAUGAUCGCUGUCAGAGAGAACCGACUCUCCAUUGUGGAGAGAUUCCUGGAGCUUGGCUUGAAUCUCCAUGAAAAGACCCAGGAGUCAGUUGCUGAUCGGUCCCAGACGAUGAUGGAGUUCUUGCAUGAUUUUACAGAGAGAGAGAGAGAGUCAUAUGGAGGGACAAAUUUAUAUGAGAAAGAUAUGGUAAUUGUAUCGCUGGAUGGUCGCACAGCGUUACAUGUGGCCGCCGCGCACUCUAAGGAGGAGAUUGUGAAACUUCUGCUGGCAAAGAAAGCUGAACCCAAUCUUCCCGGAGGGGUGAAGAACCAGCUGCCCCUCCAUUAUGCAGCGCAGCGCCCCAGUGGUGCUGUCAGUGUCAUCCAGACACUGCUGAAGGCAUCACACAAGGAUGCCCGGCUCACCCAGGAUGAGGACGGCUGCAUCCCUUUGUUUUUAGCGGUGGAGUCCAGUAAUCUGAGUAUCUGUAAGGAGCUACUGACCUCUCACACUGACGCCCAGGUGAAAGCUACAAGCAACAAAUAUGGUGACUCCGCACUUCAUGCAUGUUGUAGAAAGCGGGACGUGGAAGCCGCUAAGCUCCUGGUGGAGUAUGGAGCCCUCGUGGACUGCCAGAACAGUGAAGGGCAGACCCCCUUACACAUCGCGGCUGGGGAAGGAGAUGAGGUCACUGUGAAGUUCUUACAUCAGUGCAAGGCCAACCCUAACAUAACAGACACGCUGGACAGAUCUCCUCUGCACAUUGCGGCAGAAAGGGGGCACACCGGCCUCGUUGAGAUACUCACUGAGAAGUUUCGCUCCAAUGUUUUGGCACGUACGAAGGAUGGGGACACUCUCCUGCACAUCGCCUCACAGUGUGGGCACCCAGAAACAGCGCUGGCCUUUCUGAAGAAGGGGGUUCUGCUGCAUAUGCCUAAUAAGUCGGGGGCGGUGUGUCUGCACGCAGCGGCCAGGAGAGGACAUACCUCGGUGGUGAAAGCCCUGCUACAGAAGGGAGCUCACGUGGACGCUAGGACCAAAGAGGACUACACUGCCUUGCACAUUGCUGUGGAGUCCUGCAAGCCGCAUGUAGUCCAGAUCCUGCUCGGCUUCGGGGCACAAGUACAACCAAAAGGAGGGAAGGCGCAGGAGACUCCUCUACACAUAGCUGCGCAGAUAAAGGACGGAGAGAAAGUGGCUGAGAUCCUGCUGAAGAGCGGAGCAGACGUCAACAUGGAGAGAGCGAAUGGCGAGACUGCGCUGCACGUGGCGGCUCAAUACGGCAACAUCAAGAUGGUAACCGCCCUGAUUAACGAAGGAGGGGAGGUCACGUGGCAAUCAAAGGCUAGAGAGAACGCGUUGCACACCGCCGUCCGGCACUGCCAUCUGCCCAUCGUGGAACAUAUACUCAACUAUUUGGCAAAUGAAAAGAGCGAGACGGACGCUAUAGCCUGUGUUAACCAACCCAACCAGGAAGGAGAGACCCCUCUGCACCUAGCUGCGGCCAUAACCGGGGACAUGGUCCACCGCAAGGGGGAGGACGUGCGAAUUGUCAGACUGCUUAUGGAGCAUGAUGCUGAUAUCUCCUGCAGCACAGCACAGGCCGGAGAGACUCCGCUGCAUUACUGCGCCAGGAUGGGGAAUGAGGACGUCUUACUGGAGAUGAUUGAAUAUAUUGGACCCAACCAGAGGCAGCAGAUCUUGAACAAGCAAGCAAAGAACGGAUGGUCGCCAUUGCUGGUGGCGGCGGAUAAGGGCCACACAGGGAUUGUGAACCUCCUGUUACAGAAUCACGUCAGGGUGGAUGUAUUCGAUGAGCACGGCAAAGCGGCCUUGCACCUCGCCUGCCAGAAUGGCCACGACAAGAUGGCAGACCUCCUGCUGAGGCACAAGGCCUUUGUAAACACCAAAACCAAGCUGGGUCUCACACCGCUACACCUGUGCGCCCAAAAUGGCUUCAACCGUCUUGUUAAGUUGCUGGUGGAGAUCCACCUUGCCAGCAUUGAGGCCAUGUCACUGAACAAGCGCACCCCCCUGCACCUCGCAGCCCUGGGCGGACAGCUGGACGUGUGUAACACCCUACUGACCCUGAAGGCUGAUGUCAAUGCUACUGAUAUUGAAGGACAAACGCCUCUCCACAUCGCCGCCCAGAACAACCACUCUGACGUUGUAAAGCUGUUCUUGAAACACCGGCCGGAGCUGGUGACGUCGGCCAACAUGGACGGUUUGACCUGUGCCCAUAUUGCAGCCUCUAAGGGCAGUGUGGCGGUGAUCAAAGAGCUUCUGAAGUCUAACAGCAGCGGGGUGACCGCAGCGCGCAGCAAGACUACGGAUUCCACCCCCCUGCACCUGGCCGCAGCAGGGGGACACGCAGAGGUGGUAAAGGUUCUGUUGGAAACUGGUGCAUCCGCCUCCGAUGAGGACGGGGAAGGGAUGUCCGCCAUCCACCUGGCGGCUAAGAAUGGGCAUAUCAAUGUUCUGGACGUAUUAAAGGGCAGCGUCUCGUUUCAUAUUACCAGCACCAAGACCGGUUUCACCGCCCUUCACGUUGCGGCGCAGUUUGGCCAACUGGAUGUUGUCAGGGACAUUUUAACGAAGCUCCCAGUCACGGUGAACAGCGAGCUUCCGAAAUCUGCCGGUGACCUGUUACAUGCGAGAGAACAUGACAGCGAGUCUGGAUACACGCCGUUGCAUUUGGCUUCUCAGUCCGGCCACGAAAGCCUUGUGCGACUCUUGUUAAACUAUCCCGGAGUUCAGGCCGACGCUGCGACCAGCCGACAGUACUGUACAGUAUACACUGCAUGGAAUUAUCAGUCAGUUUCAGGCUCUAUGCAGGGCUCCACCCCUAUACACCUUGCGGCCAAAAACGGGCAUACGGCUGUGGUCGGCCUCCUCCUCAGCAAAUCCACAUCCCAGCUGCACGUGAAAGACAGCAGAGGCCGGACCUGCCUCCACCUGGCGGCUGCCAACGGCCACAACGAGAUGAUGAGAACUCUCAUCGGACAAGGCGCGGAAAUCAACGUUACUGACAAGAACGGCUGGUGUCCCUUGCACUUUGCGGCCAAGUCCGGAUUCCUAGACGCCGUCCGCUUCCUUGUUGAAUGCGGUGCCAACCCCACGCUGGAGUGUAACGAUGGGAAGACGGCGAUCCAGUACGCCGCCGGUGACAACCAUCAGGAGGUGGUGAGCUUUCUGCUGAGGAAAAGCCACAACACCCUCAGACUUACCGAGGACCGGAAGUUUGUCUUUGAUCUCAUGGUGUGCGGAAAGCUGAACAACAACAGAAUCAUAGAAGAGUACGUCCUGAACUCUAACGGCCCCCUGGACACCGCGGUGAAACUGUCCAGAGCGUUCUACAUCACUGCCUUAAAAGAGAAGGAGCGGGCGGUGGACCUGCUCAAUGCUGCCAAAUACAGUGAAACCAUGGCCACAGAUCUCCUGACCAUAGCAUCUGGAAGUAAAAACGCGGGGUACAUCCUCCGGGCGGUGGAUCACCGGGGGACCACCAUACUGGACUGUUUGAUUGAGUGUGAGCAGAAAGAUGUGGUUGCACACCCCGCUGUCCAGAAAUACCUGACUGAGGUCUGGUAUGGGAACUUGGACUGGAGCGCCUGGAAGCUGGUCCUGCUCUUUUUCACCUUUUUGGCGUGUCCCCCGGUGUGGCUGGUGUUUUCUCUACCUCUCAAGCACAGGUUCAACAGGAUCCCCAUCAUGAAGUUUAUGAGUUACUUGGCAUCGCACAUAUUCCUGCUGGUGCUCUUCAUCCUGACCAUUGUGUACCCUCCGCUGAGCCCGAUUUAUGAAGGACGCAUGGUCCCCUCCUGGAACGAGUGGCUGCUGCUAGCUUGGUUAUUGGGAACCUUGGUUUCAGAGCUCACGCACCAUGGAGAUCGAGCGGGUCUUGCCUGGGUUCGCGUGUUCACAUUGGGGUUCUCCACUGUUGCCUUCUUCUGCCACUUACUGGCGUUUAUGUUUACGGAAAUUGAUCGCCUGCACUGCCUCUACGCCAGGAACAUUUUUCUUGGCGUCGCCAUGACGCUCUCCUUUAUCCAGUUCUUGGAGUUCCUCACUUUCCACCACCUCUUUGGACCAUGGGCCAUCAUCAUCAGAGAUCUGAUCAAGGACCUAACCAGGUUUGCAGUAAUCCUCGCCUUGUUCCAUGCCGCCUUCACCAUGCAGCUGUCGGCUGUCUAUCAGCCUGUAUAUCCGGAACCCAUUGCAAACCAGUCACAUAAUGGUACCGGGGUGUAUAGAAGCGGCUCCAGUAUUCAGGAUCCUAUUGACAUCACGGUCCUCCUGUUCUUCUCCUUGUUUGGUCUGGUGGAACCCGAUUGUCUACCGUCUCUUAGCAGGACGCCGCAGUUCACCUUCAUUAUCAUCCGCUUUGUGUUUGGAGUUUACCUUGUGGUCACCUUAAUCGUCCUGAUCAACCUGCUGAUUGCGAUGAUGAGCGACACGUACCAAAGGAUACAAGCGCAGUCAGACACUGAGUGGAAAUUUGGAAGAGCGACUUUGAUAAGGGAUAUGACAAGGAAAUCGGGAACUCCGUCUCCCUUUAACCUUUUCACCAACCUAUUUUACUACAUCAAACUCCUCUGCAAGCAUAAAGGGAAAAUGUGCUCAUCCAAUGCCAGAACUCUAAUGACUGAAGAGGAUGUGGAUGGCUUCUCCGACACACGCUCUAUUGACCUUCUCGCCCAUACGUCAUUUGAGUGGAUGAGACCCACUGCCAAGAGAACCAUGCAGGUCUCACCAGAAGGCGGGAUGCACAGAGAUCACCAGUUCGCUAACCCCGUACAUGUGGAUGAGAUUAUAGACUGGCACUCAGUGGUGAUGCGAUACCUGUCUCUGAAAGUACAGACAGACGGGGUCAGUCGUGGGAGGGGCGCUCCUCGAAUCACGGAGAAAUGCAGCAAGCCACCGCAUCACCAAAUGCUCAACGCCAAACUGCGCAACGGAUGGCAUGACCCGCCCAUGCAGUGACCCUGUAGCCACCAGCCAUAUCUUUUUCUCAAUUUUCUAAACUACUGGUAAACCAUGUGGUUGCUAUGGGCAACACACGUUUCUUGUUCACCAAGUUUCAUAAACACCUCCUUCAUUCACCUUCAAACAAGAACCAUUUCUCCGGCACACAAUAACCCUCCCAGAUAUUCCCGCCCAGUCGCUGUAACUUGGACCGGGUAAAAAGAACAUAAAGACGUCUAUGUGGAUUAGGGGCGAUGUGCCGUUGGAACACGUUGGAACCCCAACAUCACCCGAUUUGAGCAUAAGUACUGCAUAUUGGUGGACACGGUUCAUGAUGUAAGGGGUUAAUAACUCGUGGCUCACGGAAGCAGAAAAGUAUUAUAACAUAGAAACUUUUAUAUUUAUAUUUUCAAAUCGUUUAAAUGCCCAGAUAAUAUGACGUAGUAUUCAAAGAGCGACAUAAUCCUAACCCAGCAAAUGUAUUCUUAAUGUACAUUUUCACCUCGCUCUAAUUUAAAUAUUCUAGAAUACUUAAAAGAAUCCUUAAACAAUUAUAUGAAUGCAAUAGCCAUAAUAGUGCAAUAAAGUGUGCCGUUCGUUUCAGGGAAAAUUCCCAGCAAUUUUAAAGUUAUUUAUUUGUAUCUGCGCCUUACAACCACCCAGCUCCUAAUUACGUACAUUGCUGUCCAAGACGUAGGUUAUGAGUCACUAUGAUUGGUCAGUCCAGUUCAGUGGUAUCACUCUAAUCACUGCAAGCUUGAUACUAGGCAGGGGCAGUAUAGGAGAAGAGGGGACCCAUGUCCAGGCUCCUUGCGGCCCCCCUCCACUUUGCGACGCAGUAGAAUUUGGCAUUGAGCCAGAGACUAUUGCGCAUGCGGGGGUCUCCAGAAACAUGACGAGUGUAGGAGGAGUUUUCCAUAAUGCAGCAACAAGGGACAUAUUGUAUAUAUGAAAAUGUGAGUUCUGUCCUCCGAGUAUUAAACAUUCUUAUCUCCGAUGUAGUGGCAAUAGGGAUAAUUUUUUCACUUAAAUGUGUAGAGACACAGGCUCUGAUUAGAACCCAUCCCGGUGAUCAGGAAGAAGUAAAGUGAUUGGCGUCGUUAUGUGCCUUUGUAAGGUUUAUGCCCCAAGGGGGCAUGGGCGCAAAUCUCUGGUACCACCCUUGCACCCCCGGGCCCCUACAGAGGCCCCAGGCCCAGAUAAAUUGUACCCCCUCUCCCCCCUCUUUGUCCACAUCUACUUCAAGCUUUGUAAUACCUUGUAACCAAUGGCGGAUUUUACCUAUGGGCUGGGGAUCAGUACCAGUCAUAGGUCCCAGUGGCGGCUGCACUGUGCCCCCUAUGGGUGGGUGCCAUAGCUUCUAUGGUAGGGGUGCGCCUUAUCCCUGAAACUGCCCUCACUGCAUUCUCAGCAAUAUUGGCUCAGUCUCCACAAUGGCUGCCUCCAGUGUGUGAGGACAAAGAGUGAACGGUCCAUUUUGCCUCUGUCACUUUAUACUCUGCCUUACAUAUACCUCAAAGGCCGCUGACACCAGAUGAACUGUGUUUCAUCUGCAGAUCUGGGGCUCAUGCUUCUCCCACCUUAUGGGAAUAAACAUAAUUUUACGCUAGUAGGAGAAACUGAGAAAUGUGUGAAUUGUUUAUGAAUAGGAUAUUCCCUGGCCUGUCUUUGCGUCCAAAUGUUCCGGCAUGAUUGGGAGUCUUGUCAUGUUUCUGUAAUGAAUCAAUAAACUCUCGGAUAUUUUA